AUGUGAUGCAUAAAUUAGCAUUUGUUGAUCUAGCUUGUAUUCAGAAAGGUGAACUUGCGAGACUAAGUUUAAAACGAUGGAGCUAAGUCUUUUUCUUCUUGUCAGUGCAGCAAUAGUUUUGGUUUCUCAGGGACAGCCUCCACCACCACAUCCUCCCCCAAUUAUAUCAGAAACAUUUAGUUCCGGAUUUAGAACUAAAGAGCCAGAGUCAUCAAGUGAUGAAGAAUUUUAUUAUACUGGUGAGAUUAAGACCAACUUUGAGGAACAGAAAUACUUCUCACUGAUAACAACUGUAUUUGAGGAUAUGCCAAAGAGACAUGAAUGGAGACUAGAGCUGUAUGAGAGGAAGGAGACUUACAUCUUUGAAUGGGAAGGCAACAGUACAAAGCCAAGUGGAAUAUGCAAAAAGCAGUCAAACUCUGGUGUCAUGUCACCACGGUUUAGUUGGACUAAGAAUGCGACCUAUUCUGAAACUAAAAUGUAUGGUGAUCGCAAAGUUGACAUCUUCACUGGCUGGUUUAAUACUACUAAGGAUAACAUUGGUGUAGAUCAGGAAAAGAAAAACAUCCCCUUUUUUGCUACAAUGCAUUUCGAUUCUGAAUUCUACAUUACCUAUUACUAUCAUGAUUUUGAUCCUACUCCUCCUCCAUCAAACACAUUCACUAUCCCUGAGGAAUGUCAAAGAAAGUUCUAAUUUAUUUAUAAGGAACACUUUUUGCUACUUGUUGCUACUCUCAUAGUGAUUGCAAAGUUAUUUUUUAAAUAAAAUUCUCAUUUCUAUUACACAUUUUUAUGGUCAAAUUCAA